CUUUAGUUUUUGUCAUUUAUUAGGCGAUGAGUGUAAUCUCACAAUAUCUUUUUGGAGAAUUCUUAGAUAUGAAUAAUUUACUUUCGCUUUAUAUUGAGCGUAGGAAGGAAGUUCUAGGUUAAAUUUGGUCCUUUGGUCUGAGUUUGGAAAUUUACGAAGACAACAUGGGAUUCUCAUAGACAUUGCUUAGUUCCUAAGACAAGUAAUUUCAAAUCUAGCAGAUCUGCAGUGAUAUGUCUGGGCUGCCAGGUGGAGGACCCCCCUUGGGGAAUAACUUUAAUUCUCUGUUGAAUGACAACCCAAUGGACAUUUUUGGUCAAGGUGGAGAUCAGCAAGGAUUAGCAGCACUUUUACAGAAUGGAGGAGGGGACGGAAUUCAAAAUCUACAGGCCUUUCUCAAUGAACAGGGAGGUGUAGGCCAAGGUCAAGGACACCAGAUGUUUAAUCCAGCAAUGGCUGGAGGUCAAGGUGAUUUUGCUGGCAUGAAUGGAAUGGGACAAAACAUUUUCAACCCUGCCAUGUUACAAGGACAAGGUCAAGGACACCAGAUGUUUAAUCCAGCAAUGGCUGGAGGUCAAGGUGAUUUUUCUGGCAUGAUGGGAAUGGGACAGAAUGUUUUCGAUCCUGCCAUGUUACAAGGACAAGGAUUUGAUGGAGGAGGUAUUGGGGGAGUGUCUGGAGGAGGGACUGACCCCAAUGUACUAAGUAACCUUCAGGGAAUGUCCGAGGAGGACCGGAAAGCUGUACUAGCUGCUAUGCAGGGAGACGGAGCGAUCCCUCAGACUGUUGACAACAGUACAUCAGGAGCAGGGGGAACUCGGAGGAUGUUUGGGGGUCACAGAUUCCGAGAAAAUCCAGGACGAAGGCCAGGCAUUUACCAGAAUCCAACUGAGAAUUUUGGACAAGAAAUCCAGCAAGAAGCGGAGAAAGCAACUGCCUGUACAGACUCUUGUGGCACUGGAACGAAUACAAUCAUCAUCCUGGACACAUCAGACAGCAUGAGGGGUGAUGGAAUAACGCAGGCCAAAGAGGCCAUACAGAAUCUGAUGUCAGAACUGGAAGGUGUCUCUAUGGACCACGGUUUGGAGGAGAAUUUGUGUGUUAUUACGUGUGGUAAUGAUACCUGUGUGGUGCAACAUCUGACAAAUGACUACCAGCUCAUCAGACAAAGCCUGGAUAGGGUCCACACACAAGGAAGCACCCCCCUUCAGCGGGCCAUAGCACUGAGUCAGGGAGCUCUCCGGCGAGCACAACAGCCAGUGAUGGAGGGCUCUCAAGCUCUACAUGCCCGGAUCAUUAUUUUUUCUGAUGGUUUUGUUACCAAUUCUUCCAAUACCCAGGGAUCCGAUUCCGUAUCUGAAGAAACCUCAAAACAGGAAACCCCUGGAGUUCUUAGCACAAUGCAAAGUAUGAUUGCAGCAAAUGGUGUUCGAUUUAUUUAUGUUCCUGUUGGGAGGCCAGACAAUACUUUUUCUGCUCAAGUUGAGGUGAUGUGGGGAGCUCGUAUUGUCCUGGCAGGUGAUGUAAAGAGUCUCGCUAAGUAUCAGAUGCAUCAGAGAGUGGCUGCCAUGGUCAAGGAAAAUAAAAAGGAAGGCCCUGUCACCAAGGAGAUGGUCCAGGCUGUAGCUCAGUCUAAAUAUCCUUCCCUUGGGGAGAGGGAUUUUGAAGCCAUUAUGGUGUUGAUUGAUGAGUCGAACAGAAGGGGUGGAGGAUUAGAUCUGAAUGAUUUGGCACAGCUUGGAAUGCCCUCCGGACCUGGGACAGGAACACCAAUCAGACCGUCCACUAAUCCCCUACUAGGAGGAGGAAUUGCAGGACUCCAGCAAGGGUUUUCAGGUCUUAAUCUUGGGGCUGGGAUCAGGCCACCAGGGACCAGACCACAAGCACCUGCCAGCUCACCCUUUAACCCACUCCAGGGAAGGGCAAAUGGUUCUUCAAAUUUCUCCUUUCCUGGGGUAUCUCAAGUCGGGGAGGGAAAAAAUGGUCGCCAUUUCUCUGAUGAAGAUUUUGCAGACACCCAGAGGCAGAUCCAAGAAAGACGAGAGGAAAUCCAAAGAAUGAGGGAGCGGGGUGAGUGGCCACCCAAGGAUACUGACACCAUGCCAUUCCAACUGCCUGGCCUAAUGGCUCGCCCAGAUAGGUCCGAGGACCCAGCAGAUGAAUCUGAAGAAAUUACACAGGAGAAAAUUAAUGAACUCUUGAAGAAAUAUGGGGGUGGACCUCCUAAGAAAGACAACUUGCCCCUCCCACUAAACCCAGGGAUAAGAGUAACCACUGGACCAAACUGGAUGUGGCGGAUGAAUGGGGUGGAGAUCAAUGAAGAAGGGAAAGUAGUCGAAUCCAAACCUGAUGAAGAGGAGAAUCCAAGUGGAGAAUUUGAUGGGUGGAUCCGAGUGAGGUGGGAUAACGGGAUCGAAGAGGAUUAUAGAUAUGGAUUGGACUAUGAGUUUGACAUUGAACCACUGAAGGGAGGGAUGGAUGCAGUGGAAUGGCCACCGGGUAAAGAGAGAAUCAUUAUAGAAGAGAAGCCCUUGGUGAAUGAUGAGGAAGACUUCCUGGAAACCAUGAGGAACCUGAUAAACACAGAUGGAGACCCUUCUCAAUCCAGCAGCUCCACAACUGACAAUUUGAAUUCACUGCUUAGAACCCCCACCCUGGGAAGUCAUGGACCUCCACCCCAGCCAGGAGAGAUCCCUUUCCUGAAUCCUAUCCAUGCCGAGGAGUAUGAACGGCUUAUACAGAAUCAGCAGUCCAAUCCUCAGAAUCUGUCAGCCAGCCAGCUUCCAAAUCAGUUUGAUGGUCCUCACUUUCCUCCUGAUAACCCACAAACUUUCUCCAGUACAGGUGUCCAGAGUCCACCAAUACCUGGUCAGACUAGCUCCAAUGUGACACACUCUAAUCAGAAUGCAGGUGGUCAGAACCCAGUGGAGACCACUGUGCAGACAGUCACUGUUACUACGGCAACUGCCUCUGUGACCAGUGUUGUCACUCCUGCAAGUUCUACUGUUAGCACUACCAGGAACAGUACAGCAGGUAUGUCUGUCAGGAACAGUACAGCAGGUAUGUCUGUCAGGAACAGUACAGCAGACAAUGAGGUGUGCUAUGUGUGGCAAUACCUGACAGUGGAAGGAAACUGGAAGUCAUAUCCCCCAGACAUCCAAAGAAAAGCAGAGACUGAGUAUCUUAAACGGAAAAACAAGGGCAGCAUUGUCAUCAACAUGGGAAAAGGAUCGGAGAGGAUUGUUUUCAAAAGCAUGGAACAGAGAAACAUUGAAAAAAACCAAAUCCUCCCAGUUCGAAGAAUCGAGGCUGAUGCAGAAAAGCUAAGAGAACUUCAGGAGAUGUGGUCAUCAAGCUAAACAGGAAGUGAUGUCAUCAAAGGCUGACUGUGACAUCUUUUAUUUUAAAGGAUGACUGUGACAUCUUUUAUUUUAAAGGAUGACUGUGACAUCUUUUAUUGUGUUACAUAAUGUGCCAUUUUAAUAGCUUUGCUGUCAUUUUUACAUUAUCAUCAUAGUACCUAUAUACAGUUACUGUGUGAAUUAUAUGUAAGUGUAAUUUAUUCACUUUUUACACCUCAUUUUUUCUUUACCUCUUUUAAAACUGGAUUGUCCCUUAGUUGCAUCUGUGAUGAAUAAUUUGUAAAUAUCAAUUUGUGGUUUUUAAAGAUGUUAGUACACACUUUCCAGACAUUACUUCUCAUAGGUUUACAAAGUACAUAUACCUAUAUUUACAUAUAACAAAAGAUUUGUACAGAUUUGGUUCCAUGUAAUUAUAUAUAUGUAUAUUAACAAUUGUCUAAUCUAUAAAACUCUGUGCUUUCUAACCUCUUGUUAAUUCAGUAAAACUUUGCAUAUUCUAACCUCUCAUUAUACACAAUAAAACUAAACAAUAAGACCUUGUGCUUUCUAACCUCUCAUAACAAUUUUUAAGGAGGUAUGCAACACCAGAGAAAUUUGAUGUGGAUGAAAAGUUGAAGUUGAAAAUUUUCAAAUUUACUUUAUUUUGUCAAAAAAUACAGAUUUAAUAGAAAGUAAUCUGGAAAAAAAUUAAAACCCCUGCUGGACUCGAACGUGCAACCUACAGUUUAACAGUCGGUAUUCAAACCUACUGAGCUACUUGGCUAGGUAUUGAAAUUGAAAAGGAAAAGUCAAAUAUUGCUUACAUCGAUUUUUUCAUCCAUGUUUUUACAGGAAGUCAGCCAUUAUGACGAUGUAGAGUACUACCUUAAGAUAUUGUUUCUCAAAUGAUAAGAAAAAUACAAAGAUUUCAUAGUUUUUAUGGCCCUAAGAUCGAAGUUCAGGGUACACCUCAUUUUUGUCCUGCCUUUCAGGCCAUCUGAUAUGUUAAACUUACUCAUAACAUUUUAAUGGAGAGUGAUAGGACUCUCGUAUUUCAUAUGUGCAUUUCUUGUGACAAGACCUAUCUCUUGGUACCAAAGUUUUUGACCUAAUGGCCUUGACCUUGGAGUUUGACCUACUUUUAAGAAAAUAUUUUUUAUGACAAGACCUUUCAUAUAUAUAUAUAAUACCAUAAUUUUUUACUUUGUGAUCUUGACCAUGGAGUUUGGCCCAAAUUUUAAAACUUUAACCUUGCUUACAACUUUUGAAGUGUGAUUGAUAGGGUUCUCAUAUUUCUUUUGUUCAUUUCGUGUGGCAAGGCCUUUCUUUUUGUACCAAUUGUUUACCUUGUGACCUUGACCUUGGAGUUUUGCCUACUUUUAAGAAAAUUUAAUCUAAUCAUGAUCUCCUUAACUAUUUUGUAUAUAGAUUCCUUAAUAUGACAAAACCUUUCAUUUGAUUUUUGGUUUUUGUUGCCAUCAGGGGCAUAGCGUUUCACAAACACAUCUUGUUUUGAAUGUGUUGCACUCAUUAAGUGUACUAAUCGAAACAUUGAGGAAAAAUAUUUUUCAACAAAGUUGUUGUAAGUUAUGAUUAAAAACAAAAGCAUAAUAGUUUAUGAAUAUUGUAUGUUUAUGAGACAAACCUCAAUAUGACUUUGUUGAUUUCAUUAAAUGGAAGAUACGAACA